UCAAAGGAUGCACUUAUGAUGUUCCUUCACAGAACUUUCUGUUUGCCCUUUGAUUCUCCCAUCACAUUUUAAAUAAUUGUUUACAGCAUAUAGCCAUCUUAAAAAGUCAAGCCACUGCACGACCACCCUACAUUCAAUCUCUCUCUCUCUCUCUCUCUACAUAUAUAUAUAUACGUGUACACACACAAACACACAUAUAACCGCACUCCCAACCAAAAUACUCUAACUGCUAAACCCAUCUCUGAAUCAGAAACAUCUUCCUUUAUCUUCGUGUAUACACGUAUAUAAUACAUACUCUUGUAGGUGAAUUUUGAGCUAGAAAGAAAAUGGUGCUAAUGUUGAGAAAUCAAGAGCUGUUGUCCAAGAUUGCAACCAGCAACGGACAUGGCGAGGACUCUCCCUACUUUGAUGGGUGGAAAGCAUACGACAGUGACUUUUCAUCCUACACAGAAUCCAGAAGGAGUUAUACAGAUGGGUCUUGCAGAGAAUCAGCUUUGCUUUAAUUUAAUUCACGAGUGGCUGCUGAAAAACCCAGAAGCCUCCAUUUGUACAGCACAAGGAGCAGCUGAAUUCAGAGAUAUAGCUAUCUUUCAAGAUUAUCAUGGCUUGGCUGAAUUCAGAGAGGCUGUUGCAAAGUUUAUGGGGAAAGUGAGAAGAAACAGAGCUUCAUUUGACCCUGAUCGGAUUGUUAUGAGUGGAGGAGCAACUGGAGCUCAUGAAAUGAUUGCUUUCUGUUUGGCUGAUCCUGGCGAUGCAUUCUUGGUUCCAACUCCUUAUUAUCCAGGGUUUGAUAGAGAUUUGAGAUGGAGAACGGGAGUCAAACUCAUUCCAGUUGUCUGUGAAAGCUCAAACGAUUACCAGAUCACCAUAGAAGCCCUGGAAGCUGCUUAUGAAACCGCACAAGAAGCUGACAUCAAGGUAAAGGGUUUGCUCAUAACCAACCCAUCAAACCCACUGGGAACAAUUAUUACCAAGGACACAUUAGAAGCUCUAGUCACCUUCACCAACCACAAGAACAUUCAUCUGGUGUGUGAUGAGAUAUAUGCUGCUACCGUCUUCAGCCAGCCCGAAUUCACCAGCAUAGCCGAGAUAAUUGAAGAAGAUAAAAUUUGUUGCAAUCGUGAUCUCAUCCACAUCAUUUACAGUUUAUCCAAAGACAUGGGAUUCCCUGGAUUUAGAGUUGGCAUUGUGUAUUCAUACAAUGAUGCAGUGGUGAGUUGUGCUCGUAAGAUGUCGAGCUUCGGCCUAGUAUCUUCGCAAACCCAGUAUCUGAUUGCAUCCAUGUUAGCAGACGAUGAAUUUGUAGACAAAUUUAUUGUAGAGAGCAGAAAGAGGCUGGCAAUGAGACAUAGUUUUUUCACACAAAGACUUGCUCAAGUAGGCAUUAACUGUUUAAAAAGCAAUGCUGGUCUUUUUGUGUGGAUGGAUUUGCGUAGACUGCUGAAAGAACAGACAUUUGAAGCAGAAAUGGUGUUAUGGAGAGUAAUUAUAAACGAAAUAAAACUCAAUGUAUCUCCUGGUUCGUCUUUCCACUGCUCAGAACCUGGCUGGUUCAGGGUUUGCUUUGCAAACAUGGACGAUAAGACAAUGGAAAUUGCACUGUCAAGAAUCAAAACCUUCAUGCUUCAACAUAAGGAAGCAAUGGUGCCUAAAAAGAAACUUUGCUGGCAAACUAGUCUUAGACUCAGCUUCUCCUCUCGCUAUGAGGAUAUCAUGAAGACACCGGGUUCGUUCAUGUCUCCUCACUCGCCUAUACCUCAAUCACCUCUUGUUCGAGCCAGGACAUAGAUCCAAAUACUUAUGAUCACAACCAGUUUUCAGAUGAUGAUGAUGAUAAUAUGUCGAUUCGUUGGGUGAUGAUUCGAGUGAUCGUGCAUCAGGGCGAUCUAGUUGACAAGUUAGCUAAUUAUAUUUUGAUCUUGUUAGAAUCAUGUGUAAAUAAGAGAAAGUUGGUGCAUUCUUUUCCAGUUACAGAUCAAUUGAUCAUAUUCUACUGGUUUAUAAGCACACAACUAUGUUUAUUUAUUUAUUUUUUUAAUAAUUUUUUUUCACAUACAACAAGUGUAGGUGAAAAAAUAUUUAAGUGUUUGUUUGUGUGCGUUGCUCAAGCACGUUACACCUAUCAUGUCUUCCUUCCUAAUUAUUUUA